AUGAGGCGAAAUGAGUGUGUUUCGAGACGUGGUGCAAGAUGGUCAUGCAAGAGGACAUUGGAAUCCCUGGCAACAGAGUCGCCAGAGACAUCUGUUGGGGUUGAGCCUACCGGUCAGGGACAGACUCCGCAUGGUACUGCGAGCGCGUCGGGCUCACAGACUUCGAUGGUUUUAGAGGUGCCUACCCCAAUCGUACUCGCCAUACCCACUCCUACGGUAUUCACAGUGCCACCAGCGGUGCCACCUACGACAUAUCUGACAUCUCCUCAAGUCAUGCCUACGACAUAUCUAGCACCUCCUCUAGUCAUGCCUAUGACAUAUCCGGCACCUCCUCCAGCAGUACUUGCUGUUGUGUACCUAGCAUCCGCACCAGCAGCACUAGUUACACCUACCGUACCUCUAGUCGUGCCCACCUAUAUUGACCCUGUAGUGCCACCAGCGACAUCUGCCCCAGCUUAUGCAGCAGCACCGGGGAUACCUCCCCCGACCUAUCCAGAGGUACCACUUGUAGUACCAACUGCAGUGGUUCCGCCAGUUCCCGCAACAGUCCCUACUCACCUGAUUGAUAUAGUUGUGGCAUGA